CACUUACAUCAUGUCAAGUAUCGAAGACACAAAGCAACUAUCUCUGCGGACCGGACAGACCUCAAAUAAUGCUCUAGGUAUCAACGCUCCGCCGUCACCGGCAUACAAGUCCGCACCAGCGGACUCAUCCGUGCACUACACUUGCUUUAUCCGGCUGCCAUUUGCCAGAGGAGAUUUUGUAGACCCACCGCAGGUCGACUGGAACUCGACAAAAGAUCGCGCAUUAUGGAAGAUCAUCUCCAAGGCUUCCAAUAGCAAAGAGCUGGAUUGGGAAGACUUGUCUGCUCGGUUCGAUGUUUCGCUGGCUUUUCUACUACAGCAAGCAGCAUGGCUUUAUGAGCGCCACUUUGCACAGAUGAAGGCGCAGAUGAAGAAGCUCAGCCCAUCAGCCUGCCCUUCGCCUCUUCCGCCUGAUUCUACAGGUAACGUCGCGGUGAACAGUAACGCGACGGCUUUCCAAAUUGGCAGUCAAGGUCCAAGAGCACCCUCUGCUCUUUCGGCACGUAUCAGAGACAGCCCUACUCCAACCAUGGGAUCUCGAGGCUCUGGACUGUUUCGUCAACCUGCUGUGUUGCCUUCACUAUCUACCACUAAUCAACCACUGAAGACGGAAAGUCUCUCUCGUACGCCAUCUACAAGAACACUGACCCAAAGCCGUACCGGACCGCCUGCAAGUCCGGCACAACCAAGCAACAGAGCCUUCAACACAGCUUUUGGCAAUCACAGAAAGCCUGUAUCACCUCAACGCGAGAUUUCGGAGCCCGACUCAGAUCCACUUCAGGAGUCAGAUUCAGACUCCUCUUCUGAUGGAGAGUCUCAAAGCAUGGCACGCAGCCAAGCCUUCAGACGCCCGGCUAACUACAACAACAAGAACAAGUAUGGCUACGAUGAUGAUGACGAGGAUGAGGACGGCGAGUCAUCUGGUGGCUUUCUGCCGUUCGCUACUACUGCUACUGGAAGUGCCGAUCCGGCUGCAACACUGAAGUCGCCUGUCAAACGUGCUUACGAGCAGAGGCCAAUCGCACCCGACUCUUCGGCGUCCUCAGCCAGUUCUGCGGCACCUCCUCGUGCGGCUACUGGUACUGGUAAGCAGAGGGAAGUCAAUCGUGGAGAUUACGCACAGGCUCCCCCUGCGAGUGCAUUGAGUCCGAGACAACGAGAAGAACUUUCCAAACUCAGCCCAAGGGUCCGCAAGGAGGGCAGCGAGGGAACACCGAGUAUGGGCAGCUCAUUUAGUGAUCUUGACGAUGCCAGCAUUUCUCAGUCAGCCAUAGAGGAGGCAUUCAUGAGCCAUAUGCAGCAUGGUUCAACAACGAGCAGGAUGAGCUCGAUCAGCCAAGCACUGAGGAGCAAGUAUUUGUAGAGACGCAGGUAUUGAUGGGAAAGGUUCAUGGGUAUAUUGCAAUCAUCAUAUCUGCUGUUUCAAGCAGAGCAAAGCGUAUGUUCCAAGUGAUGCGACGCAGAAUGCCA